GGUCACACUCACACAUCAGGUAAUAAAACAAAAUUCAGGAUAUUUAAGAAGGAAAAUGUUACGGAAAUUUUUUUUCAUUGCUUUUCUCUUUAUUUUCCCUUUAUGUUUUAAAUUUCCCAUUUGUCCUUUGCAUAUCCUCUCCCCCAGUCUUUCACUCUCGUAAUGUAAUACAUUGAUUGUUGUCAUGGUACAGGAGCUGGAAUAUGGUGUUCAACAUGGUGACGAAGCGAUGGUGUUGGACGCCCUCGCUCGUGGCGCCGACGUCACCAUAACAACUAAGAUGGAUAAUGAACAACCAGGCUGCUUGUUGUGUCUGGCAGGUAAAGUGGGCCACGCCCAGCUGGUGCCUCACCUUCUAGCAGCUGGUCUUAAUGUAAAUGGCUCAGGAGAGUCCUUGCUGACACCAAUAUACGUAGCAGCACGUCAUGGUCAUGAUCAGGUGCUGAGAGAACUGCUCAAAGCUCAGCCCAACUUAGAAGACAAGAACUAUCAAGGUAGAACAGCUCUUCACAUAGCAGCUGCGGAGGGUCAUGAUGAUUGUGUUAAGAUGCUGCUUGAUGCUGGUGCUGACGUCAACCGUCAGGAUGGUGAUGGCAGGACACCACUACACUAUGCUGCUGAGGAGGGUUAUGAUGAUUGUGUUACGAUGCUGCUUGAUGCUGGUGCUGACGUCAACUGCCGGGAUGAUGAUGGCAGGACACCACUACACUAUGCUGCCAGGAUCAACCACACUGGUGUUGUUCAAGUGUUAUUAAAUGAUCCACGAUGUCAUCACAAUGCUAAAGAAAAUAACUUCAUCAUUCUAAAAACUGCUGCCGGAAUUAAAGGUGGAACAGCUCUUCACAUAGCAGCUGCGGAGGGUCAUGAUGAUUGUGUUAAGAUGCUGCUUGAUGCUGGUGCUGACGUCAACUGUCAGGAUGAUGAUGGCAGGACAUCACUACACUAUGCUGCUGAGGAGGGUCAUGAUGAUUGUGUUAAGAUGCUGCUUGAUGCUGGUGCUGACGUCAACCGUCAGGAUGGUGAUGGCUGGUCACCACUACACUAUGCUGCUGAGGAGCGUCAUGAUGAUUGUGUUAUGAUGCUGCUUGAUGCUGGUGCUGACGUCAACUGUCAGGAUGAUGAUGGUUGGUCACCACUACACUAUGCUGCAAAGUUCAACCACACUGGUGUUGUUGAAAUGUUAUUGCAUGAUCCACGAUGUCAUCACAAUGCAAAAGAAAAAAAUUUUUCUCUAAAAACUGCUGCCGGAAUUAAAGGUGGAACAGUUCUUCACAUAGCAGUUGUGGAGGGUCAUGAUGAUUGUGUUAAGAUGCUGCUUGAUGCUGGUGCUGACGUCAACUGUCAGGAUGAUGAUGGCCAGACACCACUAUACUACGCUGUUAAGAACAAUAAUGUUGAUAUUGUUCAAAUGUUAUUAAAUAAUUCACGCUGUGAUCUCAGUAACAAAGGUAACAAUCACAUCACCGAACUAUGUAGUGAAAUUGAUAUUGAUUAUUAUGUUGAUUUAUAUGGAUGGUGUUAG